GGUGGGCUAGGCUGUGCGGCUUGCGGGGGGGAGAGUAACGUCGAGCCGGGUCAGCGGGCGCUGCAGUAGUCGCCGCAGCGGCGAUGGGAGCGGUGGGGACGAGGCGGAGGCGGCGGCAGGAGGAGGAGGAGGAGCAGGGGCUGGCACGAGAGCAGCGGCCCGGGGCAAUCCGCAGCAGUACCCGCAGCCGCCGCCGCCGCCUUUAGACGCGGACGGCAUCCGAGGGGACCGCCGGCCGUCAAAGCCGCGCUCGGGUCCCGCCGCAGUGGGCGGCGGGGGAUGGGCAGGCGGUGGCGGGCCCGCCUGCUGAGCGGUGACUCCUGCCUGUGCGGACCCUGAGCUAGACCAUAGUCCUCCGUCAGAGAUCCUGCGUCCGCCGAGGCCCAGAACUGUAGAACCGGUAAGAUCAAGUGCCUAUUGAAAGAGACUCACUCUUGGCUAAGAAAAGAAGUAGGAAAUAGGUUAAAUGGAAUCCACCCUUGGGAGCUAGAUGCUUGUGUAGCUGUUUUCCCUCAUCAGUGUUUUGCAAUGAGUGGAGGAGGAGAGCAGCCAGAUAUCCUCAGUGUUGGAAUCCUGGUCAAAGAACGAUGGAAAGUGUUAAGAAAGAUUGGGGGUGGGGGCUUUGGAGAAAUUUACGAUGCCUUGGACAUGCUCACCAGGGAGAAUGUGGCACUGAAGGUGGAGUCAGCUCAGCAGCCAAAGCAGGUUCUGAAGAUGGAGGUUGCUGUGUUGAAGAAACUGCAAGGGAAAGACCAUGUUUGUAGAUUUAUUGGCUGUGGGAGAAAUGAUCGUUUCAACUAUGUGGUCAUGCAAUUACAGGGACGGAAUCUGGCAGAUCUUCGACGUAGCCAAUCUCGGGGCACAUUCACCAUUAGCACUACUCUUCGUCUUGGGAAACAGAUUCUGGAGUCUAUUGAAAGUAUACAUUCUGUGGGAUUCCUUCACAGAGACAUCAAACCGUCAAACUUCGCCAUGGGACGCUUUCCCAGUACGUGUAGGAAAUGUUUCAUGCUUGAUUUUGGCUUGGCUCGGCAAUUUACUAAUUCCUGUGGUGACGUCAGACCACCUCGUGCUGUGGCAGGCUUUCGAGGGACAGUUCGUUAUGCAUCAAUCAAUGCUCAUCGGAACAGGGAAAUGGGAAGACAUGAUGACCUUUGGUCUUUAUUCUACAUGUUGGUGGAGUUUGUGGUUGGUCAACUGCCUUGGAGGAAAAUAAAGGACAAGGAGCAAGUAGGCUCCAUUAAGGAGAGAUAUGACCACAGGCUCAUGUUGAAACACCUCCCUCCAGAAUUCAGCACCUUUCUUGACCAUAUUUCCUCUUUGGAUUAUUUUACAAAACCAGACUACCAGCUUCUAACAUCCGUGUUUGACAAUAGCAUCAAGACCUUUGGAGUAAUUGAGAGUGACCCCUUUGACUGGGAGAAGAGUGGAACUGAUGGCUCCCUAACAACCACCACCACCUCUGCCACUCCUCAGCUGCAUACCCGCCUGACCCCUGCUGCAAUUGGAAUUGCAAAUGCUACCCCCAUCCCAGGAGACUUGCUUCGAGAAAAUACAGAUGAAGUGUUUCCAGAUGAACAGCUUAGUGAUGGGGAGAAUGGAAUCCCUGUUGGUGUAUCACCAGAUAAAUUGCCUGGAUCUCUGGGGCACCCUCGCCCUCAGGAAAAGGAUGUCUGGGAAGAGAUGGAUAUCAACAAGAACAAGAUAAAGCUCGGGAUUUGUAAAGCAGCUACUGAAGAAGAAAAUAGCCAUGGUCAAGUAAAUGGUAUUCUCAAUGCUCCAAGCCUUGGUUCACCAAUUCGUGUCCGGUCGGAGAUUACUCAGCCAGACAGAGAUGUUCCAUUAGUAAGGAAGUUACGUUCUAUUCACAGCUUUGAGCUGGAAAAACGUCUGACACUUGAGCCAAAGCCAGAUACUGACAAGUUUCUUGAAACCUGCAUGGAGAAAAUGCAAAAAGAUUCAGGUGCAGGAAAGGAACCUGUUCUCCCUGCUCUGCCUCAUAAGCCUUGUGUCCCUGUUGUGUCCCGCACUGACCACAUCUGGCACUAUGAUGAAGAAUAUCUUCCUGAUGCCUCUAAGCCUGCCUCUGCCAACACCCCGGAGCAGGCAGAUGGUGGUGGCAGCAACGGAUUUAUAGCUGUUAAUUUAAGCUCUUGCAAACAGGAGGUUGAUUCCAAAGAAUGGGUGAUUGUGGACAAGGAGCAAGACCUUCAGGACUUCAGGACAAAUGAGGCGUUAGGCCAUAAAACAACGGGAAGUCCCUCAGAUGAGGAGCCUGAAGUGCUUCAGGUCCUGGAGGGGUCACCUCAGGAUGAAAAGAUCCAAGUAGGUCCUUGGACUGACAAUCAUCACUUAAAGAAGGAAAGAGCAGGUGUGGUUUUAGCACUUUCUGCUGAAUGUCCUGCUACUGCUGCUUCAGAACUAUAUACAGAUAGGCUAGACGUCCAGGCUGGAGCUGCAAGUCAGUUCAUCACAGUGACUCCCACGAGUCCCAUGGAAGCACAAGCGGAAGGACCCCUGACUGCGAUUACAAUUCCUAGACCUUCUGUGGCAUCAACACAGUCAACUUCAGGAAGCUUUCACUAUGGCCCACAACCAGAGAAGAAAGAUCUUCAGCCCUUGGAGCCCACUGUAGAACUUUACUCUCCGAGGGAGAACUUCUCAGGCUUGGUUGUGACAGAGGGUGAAGGAGCUAGUGGAGAGAGCAGAGUGGAUUUGGGACCUCAGAUAGAUCACACUGGUCAUGAUAUGUUACCCAACAUGAGAGACGGUGACACAUCUCAAGACUUGGGACCAAAAAACCCUCCUGACCAUAAUAGAUUAGCUGUGAACGAAUUUGAAACUCUCCCUGGAGAAACAGAAGAGAAAAGCAUUCUUCUGGGCUCAGAUAAUGAAGAUGAGAAGUUAAAUAAAGGGCAGCAGCACUGUAUUGAAGUCUCUCUCCCAGGAGAUUUAGUGACUGCAGAAAGGGAUCAGUCAGCUACCACAGAGCCUCUGGAUGUGUCAAAGACACAGAACUUUAGUGUGGUGCCAAAUCAGGACAAAAACCAUGAGAUAAUGAAGCUUUUGGCAGUUGGAACUUCAGAUAUUUCUCCACAAGCCAUUGACCCACAUGCUGAAGGGCAGACAGGCCAGGUGACAGCAAUGCAAAAAAAUAAGCUAUUUAAAGAUGAUGGUGUUAAGAGUGAAACCCUGCCAGGUCAGGGAGACCUCUCCACUUUUUUGCACCAAGAGGGUAAGAGAGAGAAAGUUGUCCCUAGAAAUGGAGAGCUCUAUCAUUGUGUCUCAGAGAGUGAGCAUGGGCCUCCUACCCGGAAGGACAUGCUCAGGUCAUCCUUUGUGACCAGGCACAGCCGGAUACCUGUUUUAGCACAAGAAAUAGACUCAACUUUUGAAUCAUCCUCCACAGUUUCUGCAAAAGAGAAGCUUCUACAGAAGAAAGCCUACCAGCCAGAAAUAGUCAAACUUCUGGUAGAAAAAAGGCAGUUCAAGUCUUUCCUGGGGGACCUCUCAAGUGCCUCUGAUAAGCUGGUAGAGGAGAAACUAGCUGCUGCUCCAGUUCCCUUUUCUGAGGAGGAAGUCUUCGCUCCCUUUUCCAGACUGGCAGCAGAUUCCCACCUGAGUAGAUCAGUUGAAGAUAGCUUUCUGUCACCCAUCAUCUCCCAGUCUAGAAAGAGCAAGAUUCCAAGGCCAGUAUCCUGGGUCAGCACAGAUCAGAUUAAUAGCUCAGCUUCACCUCAGUUCUUGCCUCGGCCGCCACCGGGAAAGCCACCAGUCAGGCCUGGAGUAGAAGCCAGGCUACGCAGAUAUAAAGUUCUAGGGAGUAGUAACUCUGACUCAGACCUUUUCUCUCGCCUGGCCCAAAUUCUUCAAAAUGGAUCUCAGAAAUCCCGGAGUACUACCCAAUGCAAGAGCCCAGGAUCUCCUCACAAUCCAAAAACACCACCCAAGAGUCCAGUUGUAACUCGAAGGAGUCCCAGUGCCUCUCCUCGAAGCUCGUCCUUGCCUCGAACAUCUAGUUCCUCACCAUCUAGGGCUGGACGGCCCCACCAUGACCAGAGGAGUUCUUCCCCACAUCUGGGGAGAAGCAAGUCACCCCCUAGCCACUCAGGAUCAUCAUCCUCCAGGAGGUCCUGCCAGCAGGAGCAUUGUAAACCCAGCAAGAAUGGCCCAAAAGGAUCUGGCAGCCUCCACCACCACUCAGCCAGCUCUAAAACUCCCCCAGGGAAGAGUAAGCCAGCCAGUAAACUCAGCAGAUAGGAAGUGAGCAGGCUGCAUCUCUGGGAAAGGUGUGAGAUCGUCCUCCUAGACCUGAUGCAUGUGUCUCUCUGUACUGUCUGUUUCAAACAAUCAGUGUUGAUCUUCUCUUACAAAAGAAAGUAACAUGAUCAGUUAUUUAUAACAAGACAUAAGUAUAAUUAGCUAGGGCAGGUAGGAGGCACAUCAAGCAAGAGUCAAUGCCUUUGCAUAGGAAUCUUCAGUUCAGCAAUGUCUAGAGGGAGGAAGAAACUAACUGAGCUCUUGUUUAUAGCUGCCUUUGAAACAGAAAAUUGAGGAUAGGAAAUAGAAUGGGAUUUUAAGUGAUUUUGCCUAAUUUGUUAAUCUUUUACUCAAAAAGUAUAUAGCAAAAGUGUUUGAUAUUUUUAUUUAAAACUUCCUAAUCUUGGAGAGUCAUUGCGCAGACAUUCAAAUAUAAGAAGCCUGUUGCCAGGAAACCAUUACCUGGGUAUAUUUGGUUUGUGUGUUUAUUUAGUGAAUCUACACCUUUCUUUUCCACUCAUGCCUAGUAUCUUUCCUGGAUUUUCUAUUUUUUAAAGUUAAUGUUUUUACCUCUUAUUUUAACAAUACACCCUAAUUUGUGUUUCAUCAGCACACGAUAACACUCUAAAAUCCAAUUACCUUUAUUUAGUCAAACCUUGCUAUUUUCCUUUGAGCAAUAGUUCUUAUUCUUAACUCCUAUAUUUUUAUCUCGAAAAGGAAAUAUCUAGCUAGAGCUAUUUUAGGCAGGUGUGCUUGGAGAGGACAGAGAGUGGGACAAUAGCUUUCAAACGUACAAGUGUCCCUCCCCCCUGACUACAGUUCCUCCUUACUGGAGACUGUGGAGGAGACAGCGUUCCUGGGUUCUUUUUAGUGUCAGCCUUCAGGGUGAUAUAGCAAAGAACAACAUUUCAGAAUGUGGCUUAUACUUAUAGAGAUUUAGAAAGAAAUAAAAUAUGUUAUACUGAGGCUUACAAUCAGAUUUUGUAUUUUAUACAUUUAGCCAAUAAGGAAUGAAUAUCUGGGAAAUAAAUUUAGACUAGUUUUCUUUCAAUGUUUUUAUUACCUGGUUCUUGUGUUGUUGAAUGCUUGGGCUUCAUAGCGUGAUUUCCACAUUCAUAAGAUGAGAGUAUAAUUUCUAGGGCAGGGAGGAGGCACAUCAAGUCCAGGCCUCUGCACAGGACACACAGUCCAAGGGGAAGAAAUUCACUCACUGAACUCUUGUGUAUAGCUGCCAUUAACAUCUAAAUUUCAGUUUAUAAAGUUGUAAGGAUGAUCAUAUUUAUUCUAAUUUCACUCUCCUACUAGCAGAAAUGGGGCAAAUUAAAGACACCAGACUUUUUAAGUGGGCUAUUUGAUGCCCUGUGGGUGUAUAAAAAACCUUAUUAAGGUCAGGGAAAUUGAUCUGCCUGCUGUUGAAAUCUGCCUUGUAAAAAACAUCUACUUCUUGACUUUGUAUUGCUGCCAAACCUAAAACAAUUUGAAUUUCAGGAGGUGGGGAGGGGAGUGAAAAAAGAAACGUGUUUCUUCACUAAGUGAGCAUGUCCCAGUGGCGCACCCCAGCCGCCCUGGCGCUGCACUAACUCAGCUUGUUCUGUGUUGAACGUUUCCAGACUUGAGACACUACACUGAGACCUAAGGUCUCCCACGAGAAAUGUGGCACAGUGUGGAAUCUUCAUUUCUUUGCAGGUUCAGGCACUGAGGAGCAGUGCAGUGGGUAAGGCACAUUGUUGCUCACUAUUCUAGCUGUAACACUGCAGACUGACCCUAUGUAUCAUACUGUAUAACAGCCGCUGCAGUGUAGACUGACCCUAUGUAUCAUACUGUAUAACAGCCGCUGCAGUGUAGACUGACCCUAUGUAUUAUACUGUAUAACAGCUGCUGCAGUACUGCUUGCAUGUCUUUCAUGGUAAAUUAUAUAAAUAUUUAUAAAUAUAGAGACAUAUGCUUAUAUAAAUCCACUUUUUCUCAUUCUGCAUUUGUAAUUUCAAGAUUAUAGAUGAUAAAAUUCCUUUUCUAUUGUGUGCCUCGUGUACACUUGGGCAUUGCCUGUCUUCAUAUUCUGAAAACAUGUUCUUGGCAUGUGAUACCUAAGAAUUGUCCUGCCUUCCAGGUGCAUAGUGCAGCAUCUGGCAGCCUUUACCAAGCCAAGGUGUAAGGUACUUAAUUUUCACUUAAAAAAAUAUUUUAAUAGGGGAAAAUUUUAACAGGAUAUGCUUGUAAUACAGGCUCAAAGAUUAUUCAUGUUAAUCACAGUUCUGUCCUUAUGGUUAGAGUGGAUAAAUGGGCAUUAUAAUUAUACAGCUGGCAUCAACUUUUUAAAAACAUUUCCUGAAAGUUGCCUCUUUCAUGUCACUCUUUUGAAGGGGCCUGGGGCUGGGAUGUAGGGUAACUGAAAGUGUCUUUCCGUCACGUUAGCUAAUGAUGAUGCCAAAAGGAGCCGGUUCUCACAGUCCUCUCUAGUCAGAAGUGUACUGACAGGAGCUGGGGAAGCUAACAGGCCCAGCCCUUUGUCUGUGAAGUUCUCUGUUGGCUUUUUGUCUGGGUUAACUUUCCCUUGCCUUUCAGUGUGUUGCCUCCUUUUCUACACGCUGUUAACAAACUCACCAAAAUCCAGAGACAAAGGCCUCGUUAUGUGGCAAUGGUUUAUUUUGUAUGGAGGGAAAAGAGCUGACCAAAGAUGUUUCUGCUCUGAAGAAAAGGGAAUGGACAUGUUAAUUAUAUCUUAUAUAUCAGUAGUUACAUUUAUUAAGUGCUGUCCUGAUACAGAGAAUAAAAAGUAGAACUGGGUGUGAUGGCACACACUUUGAUCCUAGCACUCCGGAGGAAGGGGCAAGUGGAUUUCUGAGUUUGAGGCUAGCCUGGUCUACAGAGUGAGUUCCAGCACAGCUAGGGCUAUACAGAGAAACCAUGUCUUGAAGAAACAAACAAAAGAUUAUAAAAAAACAUAGUUUGUGCUUUUAGAUGUUAUAUUUCUUUCAGAUUAAAAAUAAAGCGGGUGGUGGCGCACGCCUUUAAUCCCAGCACUCUGGGAGGCAGAGGCAGGCAGAUUUCUGAGUUCAAGGCCAGCCUGGUCUACAGAGUGAGUUCCAGGACAGCCAGGGCUAUAUAGAGAGAAACCCUGUCUCAAAAAACAAAAAAACAAAAAACAAAAAAUAAAAAAACAAAAAAAAAAAAAACAAAUCCAAAAAACAAAAACAAACAAACAAAAUUUUAAAAAUUAAAAAAAAAAGUUGGCAGCCUUAAGCCGGCUCAGGAGUAUGAUCUAGAGAGUCAAGCUUUUGUUUUGGUUUGGAUUUUCAGUUCUUUAUUUUGAGGUUUUUAUUGAUGGCAUAUUCCAGAUUUUAGUCACAAAUCAUCCAAAUAAGGUGAACAGCCGGGCGUGGUAGUGCACGCCUGUAAUCCUAGCACUCUGGGGAGGCAGAGGCAGGUGGAUUUCUGAGUUAGAGUCCAGCCUGGUCUACAGAGUGAGUUCCAGGACAGCCAGGGCUAUUCAGAGAAACCCUGUCUCGAAAAAAGCAAAUCCAAAGAACCAAAAAAAAGGGGGGGAAAAAAGGUGAAGACCAUGACCGUAGCCAUAAAGGAGGUAAGGUAUGACAGAAAUUAUCUUUUGGGAAACAAGGACCUCCUGGCUUCUCUCUGCACAGGUUACUAACUCAGGCUUACUAAAUAAGGUAAGCCUGUCCUUACCUUAUUUAGUUCCUGUGGAGCAAAGAAUUAUUUCAGUGGAGCAAAGAAUGAACACUUAUUUCUAAUUUUAAGUAAUGUUGCCCCCAAAUUAUACUACUGACCUAUAGGCUUUGUGAGUUGCUUGAAAUAUUAAAAUCAUACCUUGUAAUUUUGCAUAGCCUAAAGAUACCUGACUUUAAUGGAUGGUGAAAACCGGAGGGAAUUGGAUCCUAUCUGAUUCAACAUUAAGGUAGAGAUUUUAAGUCACCUUUCAGUGACACAUCCAGGCACUUAUCUUCAGCUCUAGUACACAAGCUGGCCUUGCAAAUAGGAGCACAGCCACCUUUAGUCCUUUAGUUGCAUGCUUUGCAAUGAAUGUAAAAGUUGCAACAAGAUAAUCAAGGCCUAAAAAAAUAGUAACAAAAUGGUUAAAGACUCAUUGUUGUCAUUAUCCUCUGUACAUUAUUUGCUCUAGCAUACUAAACCACUCUAUGCUGAUGUGAUGUUCUACACAUGCAGGGCCUCUUGUCUAUUUUACUCCUGGCCACUGUGAGGGGCUUCAUCAGGUACCAGAGACUUCUUCUCAGUCACAGAUUCCUAGGCUGCUGUUUCUGUGAUUUCAUCCAUUGUACAAAGAAAAAGGUAUAUGUUGCUGCAUGUUUUAUAAACCUAGACCGCAUAGCUAAGUAAUAAUGAGAUUUUCUAUACUCAAUAACCUUGACAAACAGGUGCCUUUUCCUCAAGGGCAGAAAAUUUUACAUUUCUAAUCUAACAUUAGGAAUUGGUGAUAAGAGAAACAGGAUCCACAAUUUAGUGACUUAAGGGAAAAAUGCAUCUUGAAAAUGCUAUCUUAAAAUAUAUUUAUAGAUAAUCUAGAUUUAGCCGUGGAGAUCAAAGUUUCUCAUAUUUUAAAAACUUGUUAGCUAGGUGUGAUGGCUCAUGUUUCUAACCAAUACUUGAGGGACAGAGGUGGGAAGAUAGAAAAGAGUUUGAAACCAGCCUCCUCUUCAUAGUGAUUUCAAGUCCACUUGGGCUGUAGUGUGGGACCCUCUCCCAACAAAACAAAACAAAAACAAAA